UUGUUGCGUGAAGAUAAUAAAACAUUUCUUUUAAUGAUUGUUGUUGCUUAUAUUAAGUGAAGCGGGGUUAAAAUUAGAUGUUUUCAUUAACUUUCAUUUGGUAGAAAACAAAGUAUAUUCAGUUACAUAACUUAUAAUCGUAUAUGAAGAAGUUAAAAACCAAGGAUUAUGUGAUAAGGUUACCCAUCUUACCCCACAGUACUAUAUAUAUAAUAUGAAUAAGCAUGAAGUGUAUAAAACACGUGAAGGAUCCUUAGUAAUGCUACAGAUCAGGGAAUACGGCGGGUAGGUAGGAUUCUUCACACCCAUGUAUUAUAUAAGCAGUUGAAUGUCAAAUAUGAAACAGUUUAAAUGACUACAAAAGCUCAAGAGAAAGGCAAAGCAUUAUUGGUUAAAGCUUUAAGAUGUUAAAGACAAGUUAUAUUAACAACAAUUUCAACCAAUAAAUAUAUCAACCACUGUCAUUAACAUAAUUGAUAUUUCUAACAAAUAUAUUCAUCACCAAUAACCCAUGCAAUCAACAUAUUAAUCACACAACAACAAUUAAAUAAAUUAAACCCAACAAAAUAACCGACCAACCAUGUUGCUUCUCUAAGGCGAGAGAGAUCAUGUGACCUCUGAGUUUUAUACAGGAGAGAGAUGCGGGAAGAAGGGCAAAAUGUUACGUCCAGGGAAUGAACCAUUACACAUGUUCACACUAUGAAAAACAACAGCAAAUACUUUGUCUCAUGCAAAUACAAUCCUUUAAACAAACAUAACGCACCUGUAAAUAGUCAUAAAUAGUCAUAAUCCUUUAAAUAGUCAUAAUACAUAAGUCACCACCCAACAGCAACAACAUUGUCUGGAAAUUCAUUUCUGACCCACCAUUAUAAACGCAAUGUCCGUGUAUCAAGCAUACAAGCAAAUAAUAAUGGCACGAUUGGGAAAUUGUGGCAGUUUUAUAACGACAAACGGCACCAACAUAACUGUGGGUUGGUAUCCCAUCUGAAAAUUAGGAAUCACCAAAGAAAAUUCAAUCAACCCAUUUCACCAUCUAUCUACAUUAAACAAUUGGGAUUUCCCAUAAAUGAGAUUCGUUCUUAUGACAUCAUAAUUGUGUUUGAUUGUUAUUCCAUUGUUUUAUUAUAGAGGACAAUGAAAGUUAGAUUGUAGUUGUGAUGUCAUAAUUAAUUGGUUUAUUACGUCAUAACCUACAACAUGACUCAGCACAGGUUUAUUGUGACAUCAUAAUAUGGUUUGUUACAUAACAAGUUUUACUUGCGAUCCGGAAUGUUAUUGUGAUGUAAUAAAAGAUCAAACCACCAUCAUUACAUCAUAAACCUUGUUUUAUUACAUCAUAAUGACCAAAGUAAACAUCUUCAAGCAAUGUUUGGAAAUCUUAGCGUUGGAACGUUUCAUUCCAUGGUUGGUUGGGGGACGCAACAUGUUUCUCCACAAGCUUUUGUUUCUGGUUAUUAUUUCGGGAACGAAUGUAAACGCAGUUGUCAUCCCAAAUUUUACGACGAAUGGGAUUUCAUAUUAUUUCUAUGUGUUUAAUGAAGUAACACGACUUAAUUAUCCAGAAGCGAGGACAUUUUGUGACAAUUUAGGAGGCAGCAUCGCGAAGGUUGACUCGUUCGACCUCGGCUACGAGAUCCAGUACCAACUCCAAACUUUCGAGAAUGACAGCGAUUCUCGCACAUGGGAAACCCCCCUGGAUAAGGGUUACUGGGUGAGUGGGUAUUGCACAGGAGGGGUUGGGGAGUGGUGGUUCGAGGAUGGGGAGAGAAUCGUGGAUACGAUGUGGAACGAGGACGAACCUGACCCCGCCACCAAUACAUCUCACUUGUUUAUCAUCUCUAUAUCGCCAGCUAGUGGAUUAUGGGGUUCGGAGGAUAUGUCCAAAUUCAAGAAUGUUAUUUGCCAAAUAUCUCCACCCGAUGGAAACUCCACAGGCACUGAACCAACAACGACCCCACUAACAUCAUCCUCAACCCCAAUAUACGACUCCCCGAAACUUGAAGCUGAGCUUCUAUUCAACGGAAGUUUGUUUAUGUUUUACACAGGUUCAUAUCAUGGGGGGUGGAAGUUUAAUUUCAACCAAUCGCAAGCGUGGUGUGUAGAGUUAGGUGGAAGUCUUGCGUUGAUAAAGAACAAUUUAACGCAACACAUGAUCACCGAACAAUUGUUUGCGAUGCUACCGUACGUACAACCACACGGGGGUGGAGGGGAUUAUUGGGUUGGAGGGGAAGGAGUGGAGAACGAUCAACAACAGGAGUGGGUAUGGUUGGAUGGAGACAACAUUGAUGAUGGUUUCACCAACUGGUUUAGUGGCUACGGGAGUUAUGAAGCAGAUUAUGCUGUGUACGAUCUGGGGCUGGCAGUUGUUGCUACCGAUGAGGACGGGUUGGGAGAAAUGGGAUGGUUUCCAGAAGUUUGUGGAGCAAAACUUUAUUUGCCAGAUCGGUACGAUUGUGUUUGUUGGUUUGUUUAUGAUGUAAUAAUGAGUACUGUUAGAUUUGUGCGAGCCGAAUCCAUGCGAGAAUAAUGGGCAUUGUUACCCAACAGUUGAAGGGGUUGAUUGUCAGUGUUUGGAUGGCUAUAAUGGAACUUACUGUGAACAAGGUAUUGUGAUGUCAUUAUGUGGUAUUAUGAUGUCAUUAAGUAAUAUUAUGAUGCCAUUUUGUUUAUUUAAUUUUAACACAACAAGAGUUACAUGCAGUCACAAUAUAGAGGUGUAUUUAAUAAUAGUUAUAUUGUAUGUUGGGUUUAACAGCCACGCUUUUAUUUUAUUUGACAUUUGACCCAAGUAGUUUUUACCCGUGGCUUAUUUUAACGACUGUUAUUUUGCUGCUAAUUCUCUUUGUUGUUUUUAUUAAUUUGAUUUUGAUUUUCGCAUUUGAAGAGAUAAAUAAACAUUUAUGUUGAGUUGAUGAUGUUAGAUCUUAAAGUUGCUGUUGAUAUUAUUUUAAUUGUCGUGUAGUUCCACACCUCGUAUGUAUUAUGACC